UAUGAUGUUUCCUUCUUUAAUCCGUGUACAAAAUGCCCUAUCGAUCAGCCUCUAUGACUAAGGUAUCUGGUUUACUACAAGUAUGAUUAUAAUUAUUUUUACUUUUAUUUCCCUUGUUUCUCUAUGUAUCAUGUUUCUCUUUUUUUUUAUAUAUAUAUUCGUGCUUGCCAACCACAACAGCCAUAUUUUUCCCCCUUACAGCACCAUCUUUCGUUUACCCGCUUUAUACAUUGUAUUUUCCAUACACACUUAUUUUUGACCGCCACAUUCAUAUAAAAAAUAUCUAUGCUCG